AUGGAUACAAUCAAUCGCGACGCCAAAAGGAAAGCACGGAUACGCGGACUAGGGACCCGUGUGGUGAAGGCAAGCGAUCUUAAUCUUCUGUCAACUUUAGUUUCUCCAAAUGCGGCUAGUUCAAGAGAAGAAUCAGAACCACCAUUACCACCUCCACCACCGCAAAAACAACAUCAACAACAUCAACAUCAACAUCAACAGCGAAAACCCCAGGAAAAUCUAAACCAACAUGAGAGGUCUUCCAAAGAACAUCUUCUUGACAGUACAGCUGGCCAACCCAGUAACCAAUUGAUCAUACUGGCGGAUGCCUCAGGUAAUCAAGCACUUAAUUCAGCUAAUAAUCUUCUGAAUACCGACAAAUGUACAAUUGAUGAAGUAAAGGAAUCGAACUCCAACAAGCAUUUCCAUGACCCUAUUGAUUUAACCAAUUCAAAAGUUACCAAGCCAAAUCGAGAUAAAAACGAAAACAAAAACAAAAACCAGCGACGCGGUAAAGGACGACCGAAAAAAUUUAAACCACCGGGACGUCCAAAAGUUGGCGAAGUACUGAAAAAGCAAAAUGAUCCGAGCUUGACGCGAUCUCAAUCUGAAGAUCAUCAACAUGCUACGGCAGGUGAAUCUCCAGCUGUUGAGGUUAGAGUCGGAACUGAAAGUGAACCCACCAAGCCAAUUGCUGACUUGGCCAAAUUGAAUGUGGUUUCUACAUCCCAUGGCUUGACCACCUCAACCACCAACCAAACAGAAGUUCUUCAAGAUAAAAAGCAACAGGUCGAGCUUGAUGAUUCCUGUGGCAAUGCAUCAACUGCAGAAUUAAGGAUGGAAGUUUUAAAUGCUUUACGCCGAUUUUUUGAAUAUUUCACUCCCAAAUCUUCACAGGAUGGUGUUAAUCAUCAUAAAAGUUUUACUUUGAUUACUGAAGCAAUUGCAGAACUAUGCGACUCUUCUUUUGAAAAUGAAAGCUAUGCUACGGAUCUCUCAAGAAUAGAAAAUAAAAUUGUUGCCAUUAGGAAAGAGAUUGCUCUGACUAAAAGUAAAAUCGAGAACGUAAAAGAAGAUGUGAUGAAACUAAAUGAAAUAUUAUUGGGUAAAGGUGAUGCAGCGUCGAGUUUGACCAACUUGAAUAACAAGGGCGAAGUAACUGCAUAUUUUCGCGCAAAACUAGAAGAACAAAAAAUUCUUGUCGAUCAUGUAAAGACAUUAGUGGACAGAAUUAAACAAUUACGAGCCGAUGCAUUGGAACUUGAAAGUAAACUACGAGAUGUUUCAAAGAUCUAG